CCGGCCCGCGGCUGCCGCCGCCACAGCAGCCGCCUCCGGGAGAGUCUGAGGAGUCGCGGGCCGCUGCGGGCUCGGGCGCCGCACCGCGCCUGCCGGAGCCGCCGGACGAGGCCCAGGGAGCCGCUCGCCCCAACCCCGCUGCCCGAUGUCCUCAAGAUGGAGGCAGCGGAGGCGGCGACGUGAAGAGAGCGGCGCUGUGGGCGCGGGAGCAGGGGCCCGGGCGGCUCGGGCGGAGGCGGUGCCGGGAUGGGGCUGCUGCUCAUGAUUCUGGCGUCGGCGGUGCUGGGCUCCUUCCUCACGCUCCUCACCCAGUUUUUGCUGCUGUACCGCAAACAGCCCGAGCCGCCGCCGGACGAGGCGGCCCGCGCGGGCGACGGCUUCCGCUACAUCAAGCCGGUGCCGGGCCUGGCCCUGAGGGAGUACCUUUAUGGCGGCGGCGGGACUGAGGAGCCCUCCGGCGGGCCCCCCGAGGGCGGCGCGACCCCGGCCCCGGCUCCCGAGACCCCCGCCCCGCCGACGCGGGAGACCUGCUACUUCCUCAACGCCACCAUCCUGUUCCUGUUCCGGGAGCUGCGGGACACCGCGCUGGCUCGCCGCUGGGUCACCAAGAAGAUCAAGGUGGAGUUCGAGGAGCUCCUGCAGACCAAGACGGCCGGGCGCCUGCUGGAGGGGCUGAGCCUGCGGGACGUGUUCCUGGGCGAGACCGUGCCCUUCAUCAAGACCAUCCGGCUCCUCCGGCCGGUGGUGCCCUCGGCCAGCGGAGAAUCGGACGGCCCCGAGGGGGAGACGCUGCCCGCCACCUCCCCCGAGGAGCUGGCCUUCGAGGCGGAGGUGGAGUACAACGGCGGCUUCCACCUGGCCAUCGACGUCGACUUGGUCUUCGGCAAGUCCGCCUACCUGUUCGUCAAGUUGUCCCGAGUGGUGGGGAGGCUGCGCUUCGUCUUCACUCGCGUGCCCUUCACCCACUGGUUCUUCUCCUUCGUGGAGGACCCGCUGAUCGACUUCGAGGUGCGCUCCCAGUUUGAAGGGCGGCCUAUGCCCCAGCUUACCUCCAUCAUCGUCAAUCAGCUCAAGAAAAUCAUCAAGCGCAAGCACACUCUCCCGAGUUACAAGAUCAGGUUUAAGCCGUUUUUUCCAUUCCAAACUUCGCAAGGAUUUGAAGAAGAUGAAGAAGAGCAUAUCCAUAUACAGCAAUGGGCACUUACGGAAGGCCGCCUUAAAGUUACAUUGUUAGAAUGUAGCAGGUUACUCAUUUUUGGAUCCUAUGACAGAGAGGCAAAUAUUCAUUGUACACUCGAGUUGAGCAGUGGUGUUUGGGAAGAAAAACAAAGGAGUUCUAUUAAGACGGUUGAAUUAAUAAAGGGGAAUUUACAAAGUGUCGGACUUACACUUCGUCUUGUCCAGUCAACUGACGGGUAUGCUGGGCAUGUCAUAAUUGAGACGGUGGCCCCAAACUCGCCUGCUGCACUUGCAGAUCUUCAGCGGGGAGACCGACUGAUUGCUAUUGGAGGUGUGAAGAUCACAUCUACCCUGCAGGUGUUGAAGCUGAUCAAGCAGGCUGGGGACCGGGUCCUGGUGUACUACGAGAGGCCUGUCGGCCAGGGCAGUCAAGGCGCAGCGCUGCCAGAUAAUUUUGGGCAGUUGGAAGAAAACUUUCUGUCAAGCUCGUGCCCGCCAAACUACGAAGAGGAAACCACUGGGUUGGCGGUAGAUGCUGAAAAUAGAGAUUUGGAUUCUGAAUUUGAAGACUUGGCAAGUGACGUCAGACCACAGAAUGAGCUCAAAGAAGAGGCUCCGUUAGUAAGUCACAGCCCCAAACGUACCCCAGCAACACUUUCUGUUAAACCCCUUGCAACGACAUCACCAGUUUUAAACCGUAAACUAGCUGUAGGAAAUCACCCACCACCACCAAAACCUCCAUGUAAAGAGGGAAAUAAACCCUUGGCCCUAAAAGCUUCUGAGUUAACGGACCCAACACAAGGGUCAAAACCCACCCAAGGAUCCACUUUCAAACCACCCGUGCCACCACGACCACAAGUGAAAGCUCCUUUGCCUUCUGCCGACACCCCAAACCAGACAGAACCAGAUGUUCUCCCUGAAAAGCCAGAAAAGGUGCUGCCUCCUCCCGCGGAUAAACCUGCUGAAAAGCAAGCGAAAAAUACGGAUCAUACAGAAGAUGUAGCUGCAUCUAAGCCAUUUUUAGCAAAGCAAGAAGUAGCGAGAGAUUUUACUUCAGAAGGUUCCUGCCCUCCUAAGGACAGUUCAGAUGACCCUCAGACGUGGGAAUCAUCAGAAAUUCCUUACCGUAAUAAGCUAGGAAAAUGGACAAGAACCAGAGCAACCUGUUUCUUUGACAUAGAAGCCUGCCACAGAUACUUAAACAUUGCACUAUGGUGCAGAGAUCCUUUCAAGUUAGGGGGUCUUAUCUGUUUGGGGCAUGUCAGCUUAAAACUUGAAGAGGUGGCUUUAGGAUGCCUGGCUACGUCAAACAUGGAAUACUUUUCAAAAUUCAGACUGGAAGCCCCCUCACCUAAGGCAAUGGUCACGAGAACCGCACUACGGAAUCUGAGUAUGCAAAAGGGAUUCAAUGACAAAUUUUGCUUUGGUGACAUUACCAUUCACUUCAAAUAUUUGAAAGAAGGAGAACCAGACCACCCUAUAGUUACUAACUUAGAGAAAGAAAAAGAACUCCAUUUGGUCGAAGAGGUUUCUGCCCUACCUAAAGAGGAACAUUUUGUUGGACAGAUGGGUUUAACAGAAAAUAAACAUAGUUUCCAGGAUACUCAGUUCCAGAACCCAACUUGGUGUGAUUACUGUAAGAAAAAAGUGUGGACUAAAGCUGCUUCCCAGUGUAUGUUCUGUGCUUACGUUUGCCAUAAAAAAUGUCAGGAAAAGUGUCUAGCGGAGACACCUCUUUGUGGAGCAGCUGAUAGGCGGAUAGACCGGACCCUGAAAAACCUCAGGCUGGAAGGACAAGAAACCUUCUUAGGCCUGCCUCCUCGUGUUGAUGCUGAAGCUAGCAAGUCAGUCAAUAAAACAACAGGUUUGACAAGACACAUCAUCAAUACGAGCUCUCGUUUGUUAAAUUUGCGCCAAGUCUCUAAAACUCGCCUUUCUGAACCAGGAACUGAUCUAGUGGAACCUUCACCAAAACACACACCCAACACAUCAGACAACGAAGGCAGUGACACAGAGGUCUGUGGUCCGAACAGUCCUUCUAAACGGGGAAACAACACAGGAAUAAAGUUGGUGAGGAAGGAGGGUGGUCUGGACGACAGUGUUUUCAUUGCAGUUAAAGAAAUCGGCCGCGAUCUGUACAGGGGCUUGCCUACAGAGGAGAGGAUCCAGAAACUAGAGUUCAUGCUGGAUAAACUGCAGAACGAAAUUGACCAGGAGCUGGAACAUAAUAAUUCCCUUGUUAGAGAAGAAAAAGAAGCAACUGAAUCAAGGAAAAAAUCCCUUCUUUCUGCUGCUUUGUCUAAAUCAGGUGAAAGACUACAAGCUCUAACACUUCUCAUGAUCCACUACAGAGCGGGCAUUGAAGAUCUUGAAUCUUUAGAAAGUCUGUCUUUAGAGCAGCACUCCAAAAAAAUAAGCAAGUACACAGAUGAUACAGAAGAAGACCUCGAUAAUGAAAUAACCCAACUAAUAGACUCCCAGCCAUUCAGCAGCAUAUCAGAGGACUUAUUUGGCCCAUCAGAGUCUGUUUAACAGACAGCCUGUUUAAACUUUGAGUGAUUAGGGAAAAGUUGCAUCUCAAGUACCACAGAUAACCCACAUGUAAGCCCUCUUCUAAUGCACUUCGGCCUGCUUCUCCACAGCCAUUUGCUUAUGUAAGAACAAGAGUGAAAAAAGGUGGUUUUCCAGCAAAAACAUGACCAGCUCACUACAUUGGUUGUUUCAGAUUGCAUUUAUAGCUAUAUGCGUUUUUGGGUUUAUACUGGGAAUUUAUUUUUACUAAUUUAUUUCUAACUUUUUCUAAUUAUGUAAUUAUGUAAGCUAACUUUUCAUGUUUAUGUACGUGUGAUGUCUCAUUGUGUUACUUUCCUUCAUCUUAGUUUUGAAUGAGUGUUAAAUAGGAUACUGUCCAAAUUCUUGAAGUAUUUUCAUUUCCAUCACGGUUAUAACAAGUUUGCUGCAUGCCCAAAUUGACAACGGCAGUCACUGAGGGAACAGGUUUUGAAUCUUCGUGUUAGGAAGUUUGUCAUCUCUACUUGCUUGAAAUUUUUAUUUUGGGGUUUUGAGGGUGGUUUUUUGUUUUUGCCAAAUGUAACAUAAAAGCAGAUGCUACGGCUUUAGUCAGUUACACUGAUU